CACAAUUGUUUUAUACCUUGCAAACCCACAUACACAUUUUCUACCUGAUAAACUCGGUUUUAAAUCCGUACUUUGUAAAAGAGAUUACCAGAUGGAGAAGAUGACAGUGGUGGAUCCCAAUGGCGGGGAUUCCAUGGAAUAUAUGCUCGACGAGGAGUUGGAUCUGCUGGGCGAACUGGGCGAUUGCCACAAGACCAAUCUGGCGGACAUCGAUGUGAUAGCUCGAACCACCGCCAAGUGUCAUUUGUUCAGCGGGCGGAUGAUUUCGAUGGUCAGUCAAGGGCCGAUGAAGGGGGCGUCACGUACGGAGGCUGAGGACACGGACUCCCAGGAGGAGGAAUCGGAUCUGCUGCACCUUGGCUUGGACGAGGAGGACAUGUCCACCUCGGAUGAGGAGUCGAAAACGCUGCAUGCCAUCCAGUCCCUGGAUCGGAUACUCCAGCGCAUUGACAUACUGCAGAGUCACAUUCGCCGACGUCAGGAACUGGAGAGCGGUUCGGAUGAAUCGCAGACGGAGGAGCAUGUGGAGCCGGAGGAUUGCAGUGGCCUGGAUCCGGAUCAGGCGGAGAUUCGUUGCAUAAUACGAGCCCAACACCACAUCCAGUGCCAGAUCACCGAGCUCCUGUGUCGCUAUGAGAAUCUCAGGACCAUGAUGCGUCGCCUGAGUCAGCGGUGGAAAUGCCUGGAGCGGCAGAUUCUGGAGAUUCGCGGCCAUAACCAGGUGCACCUGGAGUGGACCCAGGAGUCGGCCAACGAUCUCAGCAAUUGCCAGCACCGACAUCGAUCUCUGGCCGCUGUAAAACUCACCAAAAAGAUGGCCCUGCUCGUCACCAAGACGAAUAUGUCCAGUGGCUUUCGCUAUAGUCGUCGUUACGUUCGACGAGCUUUGCUCAGUCGACAUAUCAACGACUUUCACUACGAAAUCGAGGAGCUAAAGCUCUUGAGUGAGGAUAUAUGCUGCAAAAUUGAUCAGCGUCUGGAAAAAAUCAAGAUAAAAGCCAACAAAAUGGGACUCCUGAACUCACCAUCGCCGCGCAGGUCCAGUGUGGUUACCGAGGUAAACGAGGUAUUCAGCGUCCAAAGAAACACCAAUCCAAAAGUUAUGGUAAAAUAAUAAGAUACCUUGAGAGGAAUGAUUAGGGACUGCUAUAUAAUUACCAUAGUCACCGAGGUGAAGAAGGCGGAAUUCACGAAAUAACACGAGGAAGUUUCAAUUGGAGAAGAUGCGAUGAAAUAAAUGUGAUACAAUUAAGCCACGUAUCAAAAAGCAAAACCUAUGGACUUAAAUAAGAGGACUAUUUAAAUUCAAAUGAAGUUCCGAUUGGAGUCGAAAUAAAAAGAAUAAAUACGGAUUUAAACUAUUUUAUGGAUCAGUAUUAAGUAGAUCAGACCAAUAUUAAACAGCAAAAGAUCUAGAAAAUUAAUGACUCAAAGGAAAAAAAAAGAAUUCUGAUUUAACCUAAUUUAUGGAUACGUUUUAAAUGGAUCAAAGACAUAUUAAAAAGCAAAAGAUACAGAAAAUAAAUGAUAAACCGAUAUGGGAAGCAUUUGAAAUGUAAAAACAAAAUUAUUGAAAAUAAAA